CUUCUUUCUUCUCAGCACUCAAAAAACUCCCAUCCGUCAGCCCCUUUUCCAUAGGGUUAAUCAUCGAGUUGUCAUCGCAGAAAUCCGUUGGGAUAAGAAUAACCAAGAGCAGGCUUUCCAUACAUUCAUUAACUCCAUAUUUACUCCGUACAUCAUCAUCCAACAUGUCUGCUCAUCACUCACUUGAGCCCUGCGGGUGCUACUACAUCCUCCCUGAUCCCCUGCCUACUCCUGUCUAUCUGCCCCAGGUAGACCUCAAGGUUCAUUCGACAAUCCUCGCUUCUACUUCGAGGACCUCUCUGUCUCAAACUUUCAUCAACCCAUCCACUGAAAAAAUAAAAAAUGCAUCCUACACCUUCCCGCUUUUUGAUGGCGUUAGCAUCGUCUCCUUCAAAUGUGAAAUCGGAGACCGUGUGAUCCACGGUGUAGUCAAGGAGAAAGAGCAAGCUCGCGCCGAGUAUGACGCAGCGGUGGACCAAGGCAGCUCUGCAGCACUGCUGGAGCAGUCCAUGUCAGCCUCAGAUACUUUUACCACCAGCAUUGGAAAUAUUCCCGAGCAGUCAAAGGUGACUGUGCACAUCACCUACCUGGGCGAGCUACAGCAUGAUGCCCAGGCCGACGGGCUGCGCCUCACCGUUCCUCUGGCCAUCUGUCCCCGAUAUGGUAAGCUCGUUGAAACUCCUCGGGAUUUGAAGGACGGUGUAAAGCAUCUUGCAUCUCGCGGGUCGAUCGAGAUUACUGUUGAUGUCCAGGUCGAACAGAAAUCAGUCAUCCAGCGACUCCAGUCACCGAGUCAUCCGCUGGACGUUUUGCCGGGACGAACAUCCACGGACUCGGAAGGUGAACACCACGCCAACAAGGCCUCAGCAAGCUGGGGCCUUCGCCGCUCCUCGCGGCCAUCGCAGAAUGGACAUAUCGCUCUUGAACGUGACUUUGUUCUGAUCGUGAACACCAAAGACCUGGGUCUCCCAUAUGCCUUUCUCGAAACCCAUCCGACCAUCCCGAACCAGCGCGCGAUCAUGACCUCCCUAGUUCCCAAAUUUAAUAUUCCGAACAAUGACCCGGAGAUUGUCUUCAUCAUAGACCGAAGUGGGAGCAUGUCUGACAAGAUUGACACGCUAAAAUCAGCCCUGAAGGUCUUCCUCAAGUCACUGCCUGUUGGGAUCAAAUUCAACAUCUGCUCAUUCGGCUCCUCGUACUCCUUUCUGUGGAAGAAGAGUCGGACCUAUGACAAAUCCAGCCUCGAGGACGCGCUGGCAUUUGUCGACACGGUCUGCGCUGAUUUCGGUGGAACUGAAAUGCUCCGUCCGAUCAAAGCCACUGUGGAAAACCGCUUUCAGGACCUGGACUUGGACGUCUUGCUACUCACGGACGGGGAAAUAUGGGAUCAGGAGCAGCUGUUUGCAUAUAUAAACGAAUCAGUAUCCAAGGCCCCCACCCGUUUCUUCAGCCUAGGAAUCGGGGAUGCGGUUUCUCAUUCUCUGGUCCAGGGUAUUGCGCGGGCCGGCGGUGGCUUUGCGCAGACUGUGGGUACAAAUGAAGACUUGGACAAGAAAGUCGUGCGCAUGUUGAAGGCGGCAUUGACUCCACAUGUUAAAUAUACCCUUGAACUGAAGUAUGAAAGCAGUGACAACGAUUCACGCCGUGAGGAUGACGGUUUUGAAAUCGUCGAAAAAUCAGAGGACGAUCGCUACGAGGGAGAGACGAGACCUCAGGGGACCACGGACGACGACACAACCGCUAAGACUCAACAGGACCAGCCACCUAUAUCCCUCUACGAUGAGAAUUUCAAAGAAACUGAUAUUAAGUCUGUUGCAGAUCUUCCAACAAUACCGGCUCCGGCCGUCAUCCAGGCGCCGUACGACGUCCCCGGGCUAUUCCCGUUCAACAGAUCCACAGUUUAUCUUUUACUUUCGCCGGAGUCCAAUGCUGCUAAUCCCAAAUCGGUUAUCCUUAAAGGCAUGUCGAAGCAUGGCCCGCUGUCCUUGACGAUUCCAGUUGAGGAUGUCGGCAAGAACAUAACAAUUCACCAACUUGCUGCCCGAAAGAUUAUUGUCGACUUGGAAGAGGGCCGCGGCUGGACGUCCCAGGCGAAGGACAAAACAGGAAGACGCUUUGUAGACCAGCAUGAAAGCAAAAAGGAGGACAUCGCCAAGCGUGAAGCUAUACGGCUAGGAACGAAAUAUCAAAUUGCUGGAAAAUGGUGUUCGUUCGUUGCUGUGGAGAGCACUGAGCACGAAGUAGCGAAUCUAACCGGAAAGGAGAGGCUGCUGUCAAGGGAGCUGGCUGAGCCUGUACAGUAUUCACAAUAUGCCUUCGGAUUUGGCGCUCCAGCACAACCAAUGGCUUGGGGUAUCCCCCCACAACCAAGGCUAUCACAGCCUCUAGCUUGUUCUAGAAAGCUACGGAAAGCGUACCCUCAACCGAGUGUAGCGGCGCAAAAAGUGGUUUCUAGGAGAGGUCUAUUCAGAAGCUCCCCUAAUGUGGCUUCUACCCCAAAUGUCUUUGGGGCUUUCCAAUCGCAGCCACCGCCAGCCCCCGUUGACAGUGCUGAAAUUUCCUCUACGCCCUCAGGUUCUAGCCCUGGACAUAGCAUAUUAUUUGGUAGCCCAGCCAUAGCCAGUUUUGGCUCGGGUCCAAGCUUCGACCCUACAGAGGCGCCGGUAUCAGCCCAGUACCCCAAGUUCCACCAGCUUAUUUUGUGUCAGUCAUUCGAAGGAUCAUGGGAGUGGAAGAGACAAAUAUUUGACAUUAUUGAAACAGACUCCGAGACCUUGAAAGGAAAAGUGGAUUGGUCCAUGACCCUGGGAAUUGGGCAGGACGAUAUUGACAAGGAAGAUGAAAAUCUGCAAACCAUUGUCAUGACACUCGCUGCUAUUGCAUACCUGAAUAAGAAAUGGGAUGGUGAUAGGGAAACUUGGGAAUUGGUGGUGGAAAAGGCGAUGAAUUGGGUAAAUGCAAAGCUUGCAGCAAUGGGUGGACAGCCACUGGAAUCGCAGCAAGCUGUUUUGGACCGUUUUCAAAGUGCGAUCUAAAAUAAUUGGCCAGCUAGGAUUUUGCAAAGUUGCCUCAGACUGGAUUCCCUUUACGUCUCUCCCACACUGUGUAUAUACUGUAAUACGGAUAGUAUUUAGUUACGUGUCUCAAUGAUGAUGUAUGAUUGCCCUAAUGUAUGU